AUGGCCACUGACAAAGGGCCUUCAGCUGGAGACGCCACCUUGAGAAGAAGAAUUGAGCCCUGGGAAUUUGAAGUCUUCUUCGACCCCAGAGAACUCCGCAAAGAGGCCUGUCUGCUCUAUGAAAUCCAGUGGGGCACAAGCCACAAGAUCUGGCGAAACUCAGGCAAAAAUACCACCAAACACGUCGAGCUCAAUUUUAUAGAAAAAUUCACUUCAGAAAGACGUUUUUGCACACCCGUCAGCUGCUCCAUCACCUGGUUCCUGUCCUGGAGUCCCUGUUGGGAAUGUUCCAAGGCCAUUAGAGAAUUUUUGAGCCAACAUCCUGGCAUGACUCUGGUUAUUUAUGUAUCUCGCCUUUUCUGGCAUGUGGAUCAGCAAAACCGGCAAGGGCUCAGGGACCUCAUUAACAGUGGUGUGACUGUCCAGGUCAUGAGAGUCCCAGAGUAUGAUCACUGCUGGAGGAAUUUUGUCAACUACCCACCUGGGAAGGAGGACCACUGGCCCAGAUACCCUGUUGUCUGGAUGACGCUGUAUGCCCUGGAACUCCACUGCAUAAUUCUAAGUCUCCCUCCCUGCUUAAAGAUUUUAAGAAGAUGUCAGAAUCAGCUUACGUUGUUCAGACUUACUCUUCAAAAGUGCCAUUACCAAACGAUUCCACCCCAUAUCCUUUUAGCUACAGGGCUGAUACAACUUCCUGUGACCUGGAGAUGA